CAAAACCAAACUAUCAACUAUCAACUCAUCAACAAAGAAAACAUGGCAUCAAGUUCAGAAGAAUCGAUUUACAAACUAGCCAACACACUAAAACAAACACGACAACUAAACUUUACCAUCAGCACCUCAUUACCAUCUUCAGUUUUAUCAACCAAAGAUGAAUUUGAAGAAACCUAUCUAAGGGAAGCCAAACAAAAUGAAAUUUGUUUAUUUCAAUUAGAUGAUCAUCAACCAGCAGGGUAUCGAAUGAUUUUAGAUUCUACGGUUCAAGAAUUAGCAAAUGUUUCGAAAACAGUCAAUCUUGGAAAAUCUAAACAACAAAGAGAAACCGGUGAUGUGGUGGCUACUAGAAGUUCAUUGAUGGCUAUUCAGACUUUACUUUCGAUUUAGUUAGUUUAUCAUCACUUUAUCUUUAUUUUUAUCUUCUUCUACUGAAUCACAUCUACACGUUAUUUUGCAAUUUCUUUCAUAAUAUUAGUCCUAUGCCUAGACUAGACGAUCAUGUUAAUGCUCUUAUCAGACAACUCAAUACGUUGGAAUCGUCUAUUGCUGGCUUACAAGAGCAACUCAAGCUUCCACGCACAGCUCCAUUACCUACAAAACCACGUGUCAAGACCAAACCGAAGCCUUCAGCGAGCAUCAAAGAGGCGAUCCAAAGAGAAUCACUCGAAAUAUUGGCCUUGACCGAUUUGAGAGAUGAACAACGAGCCAAGUCUCGUCAAUUAGCAGAACAACUGGCUCAAAUGGAACCGAUCUCGACUU